UGUUGUGUUGGAGGGUGCCACAACAGCUAUAAAAACACCGCAGGAAAGCUGCCAAAGGUGAUAUUCUACCGAUUCCCCUGGAGGAAGUACGAAAAUGACAGAAGAGGACAGUGGAUCAGGGCUGUGCAACGAACAAGGCCGGAGAGGCAGCUGUGGCAGCCUGUGCGGGGCGAGAGUCGCGUAUGCAGCGCGCACUUCGUGGGAAACAAAAAGAGCUCCGUUGCGAUGCACCCUUCUUAUCUGCCAACGAUAUUUCCGUCGUGCGGCGGAAGAAGCAACGGCGUUUCAGCGCAGUCAAAGCUCGACAGAUACAACAGAGCUCAGCGGCGAGCCUCGGCAAGCAUGGCGACAGCAAGCAUGGCGACAGCAGGCGUGGAAACGGCAGGCAUAGCGACUUCAGAAGCUUCAGGUGUGGACGAGCUGAGUGACACUCCAGCACCAGAGGCCCAGUCACAGCGCUUUGCAUCUGUGAUGACUCAGACUGACGACGCCGCACAGGGAGGUACCUGCACACUGUCUUGUCAGUGACAUCUCAUGGCUUGGCAUCGACCCAGGUGCAGUGUUGGUGCAACGGCGCCAUUUUGCUACAAUCCGACCUAUCUGAGUCU